CUCGUCUUUUUCUUUGGAGGUCAUAUAACUGUUUCCUUAUUUUUACACCCUGUGAGUACCAAAACUGCAGUGUUGUAAUCAAUUAAUCAGAUUUAUCUCAAACAACCUUCUUUGAGACACACUUUAAGCUGAAGAGAGGGAUGUGGAGGUCAGAGGUCACACUAUAAAGGCGUCGGUGAGGGAGGGAAGCGCACUCGUACACCGUCGACAGACGCGAUCGUUACACAGGAGAGACUGACACAGAUUUGUUCAUUUUGCCAUCAUGUCAAAAGUUUUCAAGAAGACCAGCGGCAAUGGACAUAUUGCCUUGUACUUGGGCAAAAGAGACUUUGUGGACAACGUGGAUUCAGUGGAAGUGGUUGAUGGAGUUGUUAAAGUGGACCCUUCCGGACUCGAUGGCAGAAAAGUCUUCGUAUACCUGGCGUGUGCCUUUCGCUACGGAAGUGAAGAUUUGGACGUGAUCGGACUGUCCUGCAGGAAAGAUAUCUGGAUAAAUCGCGUUCAGGUGUACCCGCCCACUGACGGAAAUGCGACCAAAUCGCCGAUGCAGGAAUCCCUCCUGAAGAAAGUCGGAGAGCAAGGGUGUCCCUUUUCCUUUCAGAUGCCACCAAAUCUCCCCUGCUCAGUUUCCUUACAGCCUGGACCCAAUGAUUCCGGCAAGGCUUGCGGAGUGGACUUUGAGGUCAAAGCGUACCUUGCCAAUGAAGCAAAUAGCGCUACCGAAACCAUUGAGAAAAAGGACACUUGCCGCCUGAUGAUUCGAAAAAUCCAGUUCGCGCCAACAAAAAACAGUGCCGGACCCAAGGCUGAAAUCACCAAGCAGUUCAUGAUGUCAGACAAACCCGUUCACAUGGAAGCCGCUCUCGACAAAGAGGUCUAUUGCCAUGGUGACCCCAUCACCGUCAGUGUAAAAAUCAACAAUGAAACCACUAAAAUUGUGAAGAAAAUACAAAUCAUAGUCGAGCAGCUGACAAACGUGGUCCUGUAUUCUUCUGACACUUAUACCAAGACUGUCCUCACGGAGGAGUUUGGGGAAACAAUUAAUGCCAACUCCACGUUUGAGAAGACCUUCCAAGUGACCCCACUGCUUGCCAAUAACAAAGAGAAGAGAGGACUUUCCGUGGAUGGUCGGCUAAAAGACGAAGACACGCACCUGGCAUCCACUACUUUGAGUCAAGAUAAUAAGGAGAUGCAAGGAAUUAUAGUGUCCUACAAAGUCAAAGUCAACCUAAUGGUGUCUGGAGGAGGCCUGCUAGGUGGCCUGACAUCGAGUGAUGUCACAGUGGAGCUCCCUUUGACACUGAUGUCCCCGAAGCCAGCCGGUAAGCUCAGAUCUUUUUCUAACAUUUUCUCAUCCCAAUGUGUAUUUCACGACUUAUUUAAUUGGCUGUUUGUCCUCUCCGCUGCGGCGCAUGGCAGAAGUCAAUUUGGACUAAAGGCCUCUGUAGUUCAGAACGGACAUCACCAUCGAAACCAUGGACGACUAAGACGUCACGUCGCCCUUAUUACAGUCAGCAGAACAAGGGAACUUAACGACAGUGACGGACAAAGGUCACUGCGCCCUCACUUAUGUAUUUCUUAGAGGAAUUUCUGCAUCACCGAGUCUAAACUUUGUGUGAAAUUUGAAAGUUUUGUAUAGAAAAAAAAAAAAACAGACACAACGUUGUUUUGACUUUGGAAAUGUCUCGUAGGAUAGAACGUGAAUAUUUCUGUCAAAUUGUUUGACUUCAAAGAUGCUCUUUAGCACUAAUAGAAACAAAUGAUGAGUGAAUGUUCAUGACAUGGCAACCAAUGCAGCUCUUCAUGACUGAGUGUUUUUUUUUUUUUUUCAAAUGAUA